AGGUUUUUGUGGUGAAUUCUUAGCAUUUUGCAGCACAGAUUUUUGCUGAAAACUUUUUCUUCAAAUUGAAUAGAAUUUUGAGGCUUUUGUGUUGUAUUUUAUAUGCUAAGAUCAUGUGUAGUGUGUACCCAGUGUGUCAAACUAUGCAAAUGAACGUGAAAUUUAGUGAAAUUUGAUGUGAAAAGGCCAAAAAGGAGAAAUUCAAAAUAAAUACAAGCAGAGUGAAAUCUACAUGGAAUGGCGACCAAUCGCGUUGGAGUAUAUGAUGGCAAAAUUGCUGGUUUAUAUGAUUUAGAGGAGACCCUGGGAUCUGGCCACUUUGCCGUUGUAAAGCUCGCACGGCAUGUCUUUACAGGUGAAAAGGUGGCUGUAAAAGUAAUUGAUAAGACUAAAUUGGACGAAGUAUCUCGCGCUCAUCUCUUUCAAGAAGUUCGGUGUAUGAAGCUUGUGCAACACCCAAAUGUUGUUCGAUUGUACGAAGUAAUUGAUACACAAACAAAAUUGUAUUUAAUAUUAGAAUUAGGAGAUGGGGGUGAUCUGUAUGAUUAUAUCAUGAAACACGAGAGUGGUCUCUCGGAAUCACUUGCUCGUGACUACUUUCGCCAAAUUGUACGUGCAAUCAGCUACUGUCACCAAUUGCACGUUGUCCAUCGUGAUCUGAAGCCGGAGAAUGUGGUGUUUUUUGAGAAGUUGGGCGUUGUUAAAUUGACUGAUUUUGGAUUUAGCAAUAAAUUCUGCCCUGGGCAGAAGCUCGAAACAUCCUGCGGGAGUUUAGCUUAUUCAGCACCAGAAAUUCUCCUUGGAGAUUCAUACGAUGCACCAGCAGUUGAUAUUUGGUCAUUGGGUGUAAUUUUGUAUAUGCUUGUAUGUGGCCAACCACCGUUCCAAGAGGCAAAUGAUUCAGAAACACUCACAAUGAUUAUGGAUUGCAAAUACAACAUGCCAAAUCAUGUGUCAGAAGGUUGCAGAAACCUCAUCUCAAAGAUGUUGGUGCGUGAACCCGACAAAAGGGCCACACUUCAUGAGAUUUCCGUGGAUAAGUGGUUAAUGGAGGGUGGACCAGAUCAUGGACCAGAAUUGCUACCACUUGUAAGUCGUGAGCAAGUCAGUGAGGAUGAUCAUACGCUUAUAAUUCAGAAGAUUGUCAAUGGGAAAAUUGCCACAAAGGAUGAAAUAUUGGAGGCACUUGAUAAAAAUGAAUAUAAUCACAUAACGGCAACAUAUUUCCUUCUGGCUGAGAGAAAACUCCGAGCUCACAGGCAGGAGCAAGCACAGAAACGCAAGCCAGAACUUACGCUGCCUGUUACAGGAGCUGGACGACUUUCUCCAAAAGCAAGAGGUCAAUGUAUGAAAAGGGAUUCCCAAGAGGACAAUGAUAGUUCAAAUCAACUGCUUGUGCCUUCAAUUAAUGCCACACAUUUGAGUAUACCCCGAACACCUGGGGUUGAAGGGAGUCAGACGGGUCGUGCCCGGAAGUGUAGUAUUGUGCAGGAAGAUGAUGAAGAAGAUGAAAUUUCUGCAUGUUCGGGUCGUGAGGAAUUGUCUGUACCCCUCAAUAGGCGUGGCUCACGUUCAGAGGGUCGCAUAAAUAUUGCACUGCAAGAUCGCAUAAGUGCCGAAAGUGAGAGACUUAAGGAAAUGUGCACGGGGGCAAUGAAGGCAAAUGCGGGGCAGCAGGUGAAGAAAAUCGAUGGAAUUGCCGGUGUGACUGUUAUUACGAGUGACAAUAGUAAUCCAAAGACACGCUUGGGCAUCUCAGCCGUCGAUCGGUAUAGGCGUCCUGUGGACAUACGGGUACAAGCUCACAAUGCAGGGAAGAGUGCCGCAUUGAAGGAUACUCGAUCAAAUUCUGUGGAUCAUCAAAAUUUUCACACUGAUCGGGAUUUACCUGCAAUGAAGGUAAUAACGGAUUCAUCCACAAUUACAAUUCCCAUAACUAGUCAGCAAGGUUCAGGUGCAAAUACCGAACUCACCAAUGUGCCAAAAUACAAGACUAUGCCGUCACCCACGCGUGCAAAUUGUCUCAAUGAGAUCUUUGAGGAAUCCACAGAUGUGGGCUCAGAUACAAGUGGUACAACCACACCACGACCCAUUCAGCGUCACAAUCAAUUCACAAAUAAUCGUCCACAGGCACAGGGAGGUGCCACGCAGCAGCAGCAGCGUAGGUCUAAAUUCAAUAAAACCCGCACAACAUCCUGCAGUAGUUCCGAUGCAUCCGACGAUGAUUCGGAGAAUCGCAAGAAGCGCGCCCAUAAGAUUGUGGACACGGUGACAAAGGUGCCACAGCAGCGUCGUGAUUCACACGAUGAUUCGAGUGAUUCACAAGAUCCGGGCAAUGCACCAGCAUCGGGUGGAAGUGCCCACAAUGGCACACAUCCAAUUGUCAAAGUUACAGCCCCCACAAAUACGACAAAUGGCAAAAGCUCCACAGGAAGUGGUUCAUCCACAGCACCAUCGGGUGGGCAGCAGCAGAGAUCAAGUGGGAAUGGGCAGACGUCUGGCUUUCGACGUCAUCGCGCUGGUCGCCGAAGAGCAAGUGAGACACGCUUGCGUGAGAGUCAGAGUCUCAAUAGGAUAACCGAAGUGCAAGAAUCCGAACCGCCACAGGCACAACAAGUCCCAACAAUGCCAACACCCCAAGCCCCCGUGACGGCGGUCAGUGGGCAAAAGUCCAAGGGAUUUAGUGCACGCUUCCUCCAGGGAUUCCGUAAAACGGAAGCAACAUCACCCAUUAGUCACUGCAGCAGCACGCAGCAGGAUCCCAAUGAUAAUGAAGUUGAAAUGGUAUUGGGUGUGGAAUUGGUGAAAGCACUCAAAGUCUCAAAUAAUACAGACACUAAAACAUCAUCCACAACAAAGAAACUCAAAAUGUUAGGAAAAUAUUUCCAGGUGCACAAGAAGCUGUGCAUUCCGUUGCCAAAUCUCUUUCAACGCGGACGCCUGUACAAGGCACAAUCGUGUGGAUCCCUCGUACGUGACAAGGUGAAUCAGAAUACAAAUGGUGGGAGUUCAUCGCGAAGUGGACGCGGAAGUGAGAGCAAUGUGAGGAAUUCGGCACUUUUUUCGGAUCGGGGGAGAAUCCUGCGUAAUUGCUUGGGAGCUUCGCGUCUCCUUGGCAGUGAUGGGGAUAUAAAUCAAAAUGAUAAAACACCCACGAAUCCUGUUGUGUUCUCAAUUCCAGCCACAGAGACAAUGCGUAGUACAUCGCAAAAUCCCAUUUCGCAUCAUCUUGUCACGGAUGCAUCACUGUGCAGUAGCCAAUGUUGAUAGAAGAGAAAAUAUUAAAUUAAAAAGAGAAAAAAAAUCAACUUAGUAGCGAAUCUUCAAGAAUCAUCAAAUACUGUGUAAGUAAGUUAAUAAACGUUCCCUAAAUGUA